UAUCUGUUUAUUUCCUUGGUCAAAGGGAGGCUCAUUCUUCUUCUUCUUCUUCUUCGUUUCCAUCGACGAACAGAAUCGUGAAGAAAAAGAGAUAUUGUUAUGGGGAAGACAGUAUCUUUCAAAGACGAAUUCAGUUUCGAUCAAAGGCUUGAUGAAUCACGGGAUAUACUCGCCAAAUACCCCGAUCGAGUCCCUGUAAUUGCGGAAAAACAUUCGGGAAGUGACCUUCCGGAGAUGGAAAAGAAAAAAUACCUUGUACCCCGAGACAUGUCGGUUGGGCAGUUCAUACACAUAUUAAGGAGCAGGCUUCAUCUGAGCCCUGGAAAAGCUCUAUUUGUAUUUGUCAAUGAUACCCUGCCUCAAACAGCUACUUUAAUGGAUUUGGUUUAUGAAUCUUCCAAGGAUGAGGAUGGAUUUUUAUACAUGUGCUACAGCACCGAGAAGACCUUUGGCGGGAUGAACAAAUAUUAUUCAGAUUUCUGAACAAUGAUUCUAUGCACAUUACUAAUUUUAAGAAGUGAAGACUGUUUGCUUGUAAAUUAUAUUUCAUUUGUGUACAUUUGAACACAUUUAUAUUAUAAACGGUUUACAUUUAAUCAUAUAUAUGUAACGUAUUUCAUGA